AUGAAGGAAGUUCUGGCUUUUACUUUACUUGUGCUGACCGGCAAGGCUUACAGUAUCCUACCUAAAUCCUAUGAGGCACGUUUCAUAUCAUUUGACUCCACGGGCCCCGAGGUCGUCGAUUUUAGCAAAAUUCGAUUUUUGGGACGAGAUCACAGGGCAAAUGGCACUGUGGAAAUAAUGAAAGAUCUCGAUAAUACGUUUUCACUUUCUGCUGAAAGUUUCAUCGAUUCCAAUGGCGAUGGCGAAUACAAGCAGCUUCCCUUUUCCAUUCCCUUAGAACCAUUCUGCAAGGCUUUGAACUCAUAUUGGUCGUACUUUGAUGCCAGCUUUAAGUAUGGGGAGAACACCGACUUUCCCGUCCACACCCGACCAUGCCCCGUGCCGAAAGGCAUUUACUAUUUCAAGGAUGUUCUCAUAAAAACUGACGGUUGGCCGACUAUAAUGCCGCGAGGCUAUUUAAAGGGCGUGACCAAUCUAUUCAGGAACGGCGAAAAUGUGGGCAGUCUUGAAAUUGUGGCUCACAUUACGGACAUUGCCAAGUAA